CGGCCUACUGUAGAAUCUUUUUUUAUUCCAGACUUCCAGUCGAAAUUGCGAGAUAACAUGGCGGUCACCAAAGCACCCGGAUUCAUCAACCAACUUCGUGCAUCCUUGGGCCGUUUUGCGUACAACGCAUCAGGCUUCAACAAAUAUGGUUUGAUGCACGAUGAUGUGUUGUUUGAAACCCCUGAUGUUGAAGAAGCUAUUAGACGCUUGCCACAAAAGGUUGUAGAUGACCGAAACUACAGAAUUAUGAGGGCUCUUCAGUACUCUGGUCUGAAGAAAUAUCUGCCCAGAGAACAAUGGACUAAAUAUGAAGAGGAUGUUAAAUACCUGCAGCCCUACCUGCAAGAGGUUAUCAAGGAAAGGCAAGAAAAGGAAUCUUGGGAAAAAUUGUUUUAAUCCAUUAAAACACUUUUAGUACUGUAAAAAAAAAUACUGACUCUGUCGGGAAAUACAAUUAUUAGGUCAA